CAAGCGCACGCAGCCUGGCGCAUUCACGUCGCGAACAUUUUGUGGAACGGAUUAGUGGCUAGCGUUCCGUGAAAAUCAGGCUUCACAUUGGCAAAGAGCUACUGGAAUUUAUGCAACAGAUAUAAGAAAGAACCUGUUUCUAUUUACAUAAGCGAACUGCGAAGACACGAGGGUCAGCCAGUUAGUGUGCUCCUGGUUUUUGUGGUCUUCGCAGUUUUGCCGCUAACGCGUUUUCGAUUGGAAGUGAUACUAUGUGUGAUAGUAAAUAUGUUCUGGUUUUCACUCUGGUGUCGGCGGCGUCUUUCGUCAGCGUAUAUUCAGCGAAGUUCGCACCGGACUUCAUCCAUCCUUGCAACAACACAGAGCCAGCGUGUCUCAUAAAAGCGACGCAGGAUGCAAUACCACAGUUCUCCAAGGGUCUACCACAUCUAGGAGUACCACCUUUAGACCCGUUUGUCAUAGAUGAGCUGCCCAUACAGCUGCCGGGUAUCAAGGUGACAUUCUACGAUGGAAAGGCGACGGGACUUCGAAAAUGUCAAGUUUUGAACGUUGAAGCAUAUUUGGAAAAGAAUAUAUUCAAUUUGGAUGUGCGGUGUAACAUCACGAUCAAGGGCAAGUACACAGCAGUUGGAAGACUUCUGCUGUUUCCUAUCAACGGAGAAGGAGACUCUAAGAUCAAAAUUUUGAACUCGAUCAUCAAGCUGAACAUCAACACGAAGUACUUCAAGGACGCUGAUGGACGCGAUCACUUCGGUAUCAAGAACUAUAAGUACACGUUUGAUUACGGAGAGAGAAUUAUCUACACCAUCAACAACCUUUUCAAAGGGAAUCCUGAAUUAAGUAACACAGUAUUACAGUUCCUGAACGAAAAUUGGCGGAUAGUAACCGAAGAGUUCGGUCAGCCAGUGGUAGACUAUGCGAUCAAUGUCACUGUUAGUACGGCAAAGAAGUUCUUUGAUGCUGUACCUUAUGAUGAGUUGCUUUAUGUGCCUAUACCUAAGUAUUAGUAAGGAUAUUGAAAAACAAAAUACGAUACAAAGUCAUAUGACUUUAACUUUUGGAGCGACUCUAUAAGUUGCUUAACUAACUUCUUGCGAAAAUGUUUUACUGUAUAAAUUAUUGUCUAUGAACUUUUGGGCUAUGUUUCAAAAAAAUGUAAUGCAUCACUUUUUAUUUAAUAUUUAAGAUUAGAAAGUGUUAGAAAGUGAUCCAAAAAUAAAUCGAGAGAGACAUAUUUUUAAUCUAUCCCCCAAAAUGGAGGGUGUUCUAAAUUCGUAUGUUUUUUAUUUGUUUUCCUUCAAGCAACUUUUUUUGCAUUGUAUAAAAUGUAAAUUCAAUGUAAGUAAUUAAUUAAUUUUAUUGUAAAUAGUUAUUUUUAAGCUUUUAAUAAACCGGACCAAACACUUUAAUGAAAAUUAUGACAUUCAUAUCAACUUAUAUGUGCAUAUCAACUUUUUUAUGCUAUUCACGGAAAAGCUAUUAUUAAACACAAAUAAAAACAAUUAGUUAUAUAUGCCAUAAGCUCAUAAAAAACUUCCAGAUAUUCCAGAUUUAUAGUUUUGACAUUUAAACCGAAUUAAAAACAGGUCUGACUAGUGUCAAAUUGAAUAAAUUAAUUGAUCUAUGGUAACCUGUGCAUAAUAUCUCUAUCUUAUAAAACUGUAAUCAAAUGAUGCAUAAAACUAAUGCGCAAAAGAUGCAUAAAGCUUUAAAAUUAAUAAAGUUUCUAUUUAUAACUUAUUAGGUAUUUGCGGAGUAUAUUUUGUAAGUAUUAUUUUUAGCCACCUGUAUAAAGCAUAGAUCUAUAAGUGUAUCGACGAACUUAUAUUUACGAAUAAGGUACCUACCUAUUGUCUUCAACAUAACUUCUCUACCCAUAAUCAACUAGGUCAGUGUUCUGGAAAAAUCUCACGCAUAAUCCAGCCACUUAUUUCUUCAAUCUUGUGAUGGCUUAAUAAAGCUACAGACUUAAAGCAUUUGAUUGGUUAAAUCGAAUUUCAAGCCAAAAUAAACGCGCGUGUCUUUUUCUGGAAUACAGACCUUAACGAUCAAAAUUCUGACGACAAAUAUCGAAUUUACUUUUUUUGUAUAAUUUCUAAACUUUAUUCAUAACUAGUGUAGUGUUGUAAUUAUAGAAAUACGUAAAUAUAUUUUAAAUAAAUAUUUUUAUCUAAUAUAA